AAUGCCUCAUUUUAUCCAUGCAAAGGAUCUCCUUAAAAUCAGGCAUAGAUUUAGUACUCCUCGUCGGAGUUUGCUCUUUCUUCAGUAUUUCAACUUAAUGCCUUCUUUUAUCCAUGCAAAGGAUCUCCUCAAAAUCACGUCAUAGAUAUGCUCCUCGUCCCAGUUUGCUGAAUUGAAAAGAAAGGAGUUUCUUGUAACCCAAAUAAACCACAGAUAACAAAGAAAAUAAAGUUCCUUGCUUUUCUUGCAGGUGAUAAGAAUCAAAGAGUUCUUUGCUUUUCUUGUCGUCAACGAGGUUUUGCAUUUUGGGUGGUAAACUCUCAUCGAAGUGAGAAAAAUGUCAACCUCCGACGACGUAGGACAUGGCGUUCGGGCUUCGGGCAACGUUAUCAACAAUAAUGGAGCCAACAACUCUGGAAUUGGUUCUGGAGGGCAAAACUAUGGCCAAGGUUCUGCAUCUAAUUAUGGCACAAUUAACACCGGCAAUAAUCAUGGCCAAGGUUCUGGAUCUAAUUAUAUCACAAGAAAUACCGGCAAUACGAACAUUGGACCUGGUGCUGGAGGAAUCAAUUCUGGCAUUGGUGCUGGAGGUAUCAACUCUGGAAUUUUCAAUUCUGAAAUUUUCAGUUCUGGAAGUAAGACCGCAGAGAAGAGCGAUGGACGCGGGACUGAGUCUGCAUCAAUGAACACAGAGAAUUCCCAUGGUGUUGAAAAAGGCGAGGCCAAGGCUACAGCUGCUACUAGCAACUUGGCUAUGAGGCUGCUCAAGAACUUAAAUAACAUUAAUGAGGAUAGAGAUGUAUCACUGGCUCGAUUUGGCAUGGUGCCCAGUAAUGAUCCACAAGUGGUGGGCAAGUUUGCAGUGCCAGCGAUGUUGGAGAAGUGGGCAUGCCACUUGUUGAAAAACUUUCCAAAUCUGACAACACACAGCAAGGCUAAGAAAGGGCUAAUUGAAGAUACUUUCUUGAACCUUUGCGCAGCCAUGCAAUAUAUGGAGGUAACCCCUUUCGCCAAAAUGAAUGAGGACUUCUUUUAUUUGUGCAGGGAUGCUAUUGAUGAUGCUGAUAGCAUAAACUUUGAAGUUAGCCCCAUUCGAGCACAUUUGUUAAAUUUGGCAAAGGCAUACCUUGGCAAGGUUGAGCUCGGCAUGGUUGGACGCGACACGGUUGGAAACUUAGACGAGGGGAUUGAAGAGCAAGGGAAGCAUGUCGAAGAGAUGGAAAAGUCCUUGGCUAAGAUGAAGGAACUCAUUCUUAAGUUGACAGAAGGACUAAUGUCAGUCAAGGCAUAUUUGGAAUCGCUUAACCAAGAAAAUGAGUACCUGAGUUCCAAUGAUAUGAUUGAGCUUUGCCAAACCUGCAUCAAGAUUGCCAAAACUUUCGGAGACAAGCCUGGUCCUUUCCAGCCAUGAGCAACCAUAUGUCCUAGCCUUUUCUUCGUCUUUUAUUUUGCCUACUUCAUAGUGUGUUGAUUGUUAGUGUCAUCGCCAUGAUGUAGCUCUCUUACAGUGUUUGUUUUGGGUUGAACAUCUUUAUAUCCAGCAAAGUCUGGACUUGUUGCUUGUUUGCUUGCUUACUUGUGGCUUUCUAUUGUGCCGAGUAUGGCACUUGGGUGACAUCGCCAUGAUGUAACCCUCUUAUUGUGUUUGUUUUGGGUUGAACAUCUUUAUAUCCAGCUAAGUCUGGACUUUGUUGCUUGUUUGCUUACUUACUUGUGGCUUUCUAUUGUGUCGAGUAGGUGACAUCGCCAUGAUGUAACCCUCUUAUUGUAUUUGUUUUGGGUUGAACAUCUUUAUAUCCAGUGAAGUCUAGACUUUGUUGCUUGUCUGCUUACUUACUUGUGGCUUUCUAUUGUCCCAAGUAUGGCACUUGGACAAAUGUAUUUAUGCUAUUUACAUGUGAUGAAAAAU